UCCUGACGUCACCCGGAAGAGGGGGACGGACGGGGGAACCAAGAUGGCGUUGCUACGCUGUAGGCGAGACCCGUGUGGAUUUAUAUGUCUCAUACUAACUUAUUUCAGCGUCUUUUACGCCGAUUACGUGGUGAUUCAGUAUGUCCUCAUCCCUGCCUACUCGGGAAGUGUGUGGUGUACACUACAUGGGUCGGUGUUUAACUUGAUUCUACUACUGCUGCUGGCCUGUCACUCCAAAGCUGUCUUCUCAGACCCAGGUAUGGUUCCCCUACCAGAGACGGCUAUCGACUUCUCUGACCUGAGGUCCCAGAAUUCACACAUGAAUGAGAGGGGUUGUGAGGGCUGGACUGUUUGUAGUCGUUGUGAGACCUACCGCCCCCCCAGAGCUCACCACUGUAGAGUAUGUCAGCGAUGCAUACGACGCAUGGACCAUCACUGUCCCUGGAUCAAUAACUGUGUUGGAGAGUUGAACCAGAAGUACUUCAUCCAGUUUCUCUUCUACACAGGUAUGGCCAGUCUCUACUCCAUGGCUCUGGUGGUGUCAGCCUGGGUGUGGAGAAUACGGAGCGAGAGAGACGGGGAAGGAGAGAAGGAAGGAGAGGAGUCUCCCAGCAAACACCUGAUUGUAGCUCACUACAUCAUUCUCCUGGUUGAGUCGGUGUUGUUUGGAGUGUUCGUCAUGGUCAUCUUCUACGACCAGUUGGUGUCCAUUAUAACAGAUGAAACUCCUAUAGAACAUUUGAGGAACAGACUGAUGAAAGACAGAACAUCGAUCACCAGCAGCACCUCUGAGCCACCGACACACAUCCCACACACACGCAAGCCCAAACUAGCCCUGCUCAGAGAGGUCUUCGGGAGAGGGUCGGUGUUCUGUUGGCUGUUCCCUCUACAUUCCAGUCCCCCCCCCUGUCUCUCAGGGUCGGUGUUCUGUUGGCUGUUCCCUCUACAUUCCAGUCCCCCUACAGUCGGUGGAAUCAGCUACUCGGCUGUUCCGGAUUAUGAUGUGUAACGUUCCCGCAACCUUCAAACAACAUUCUGUGACGACAGCGUUUUAACAUUCCUUCAACGUUGUGGUUACGUUACGGUCAUCAUGUCAUUAGGGCUGUCAAAUGGUUCAUUGAAUUCGUGGCGUUAGUUAAUCGCAAUUCGUCACAAUGUUUGAUACACACACACAUCUUCUCUCACACACUCACAUACUCUCUCUCUCUCUCUCUCACACACACACAUGCUCUCUCUCUCUCACACACACACACACACACACACACACACACACACACACACACACACACACACACACACACACACACACACACACACACACACACACUCACAUACUCUCUCUCUCACACACACACACACUCACAUACUCUCUCUCUCUCUCUCACACACACACAUGCUCUCUCUCACACACACACACACACACACUCACAUACUCUCUCUCUCUCUCUCUCUCUCACACACACACAUUCUCUCUCUCACACACACACACACACACACACACACACACACACACACACACACACACACACUCUCUCACACACACACACACACACACACACACUCUCUCUCUCUCACACACACACACACACACACAUCCUCUCUCACACACACACACACACACACAUCCUCUCUCUCUCUCACACACACCAUAUCCUUCCUUUUCAGUUCUGCCUGUGCGUAGCCUAGUUCGUGGUCAGGUUAUCAGGUUUCCAUCCCGUUAGGUAACAUGACUAGCUAGCUAAACAAUGUUUAUUAUCAAAACAAACAACGAGUUUAAAAACGGCCGGCGACAUGCACACGAAUUCCUCGAAGAGAAAGAAAAUGCUCCGACAUGAUUUUUGUCUCGCGGUCUAAAGUGAUGUAGUGGCUGUGUUGCGUUUUUAAAAAGGUUCCGGUCAGUGUUAGAAAUGGAGAUACGAUAUGUUAUGAAACGCGUUAACCCUCGACAGCCCUAAAUAUAGUAUACAGGUUAAUAUCAUAGGUUACUGAAAUGUUUGGUUAACUAACAUUCCCACAACUUUAGGGGAUCAUGGUAACCUUUUCAAAAAAAAGAAUGUUCCUUCAACGUUGUGGAUUCAGGUCACUGAACGGGGUUACAUUGAAGUUUUGGUUACUGCAGUUUUACGUGAAGGUUAGGGUUAGAUGUUAGGGUUAGAUGUUGAGGGAAGGUUAGGGUUAGAUGUUAGGGUUAGAUGUUGAGGGAAGGUUAGGGUUGAGGGAAUAUUAGGGUUGAUGGAAGGUUAGUUUUAGAUGUUGAGGGAAGGUUAGGGCUGAGGGAAGGUUAGGGCUGAGGGAAGGUUAGGGUUGAGGGAAGGUUAGAUGUUGAGAGAAGGUUAGAUGUUGAGGGAAGGUUAGAUGUUGAGGGAAGGUUAGAUGUUGAGAGAAGGUUAGGGUUGAGAGAAGGUUAGGGUUGAGGGAAGGUUAGAUGUUGAGAGAAGGUUAGGGUUGAGAGAAGGUUAGGGUUGAGGGAAGGUUAGAUGUUGAGGGAAGGUUAGAUGUUGAGGGAAGGUUAGAUGUUGAGGGAAGGUUAGAUGUUGAGGGAAGGUUAGAUGUUGAGGGAAGGUUAGGGUUGAGGGAAGGUUAGGGUUGAGGGAAGGUUAGGGUUGAGGGAAGGUUAGGGUUGAGGGAAGGUUAGGGUUGAGGGAAGGUUAGGGUUGAGGGAAGGUUAGGGUUGAGAGAAGGUUAGAUGUUGAGGGAAGGUUAGGGUUGAGAGAAGGUUAGGGUCGAGAGAAGGUUAGGGCUGAGAGAAGGUUAGGGCUGAGAGAAGGUUAGGGUUGAGAGAAGGUUAGGGCUGAGAGAAGGUUAGGGUUGAGGGAGGGUUAGGGUUAAUGUUAGGGUUAGAUGUUGAGGGAAGGUUAGGGUUAGAUGUUGAGGGAAGGUUAGGGUUGAGGGAAGGUUAGGGUUAGAUGUUGAGGGAAGGUUAGUUUUAGAUGUUGAGGGAAGGUUAGGGUUAGAUGUUGAGGGAAGGUUAGGGUUAGAUGUUGAGGGAAGGUUAGGGUUAGAUGUUGAGGGAAGGUUAGGGUUAGAUGUUGAGGGAAGGUUAGGGUUAGAUGUUGAGGGAAGGUUAGGGUUAGAUGUUGAGGGAAGGUUAGGGUUAGAUGUUGAGGGAAGGUUAGGGUUAGAUGUUGAGGGAAGGUUAGGGUUAGAUGUUGAGGGAAGGUUAGGGUUGAUAGAAGGUUAGGGUUAGAUGUUGAGGGAAGGUUAGGGUUGAUGGAAGGUUAGGGUUAGAUGUUGAGGGAAGGUUAGGGUUACCCCUACA